AUGUCCACCUCCACCUCGCAGCAGAUCGAUGACGCCGCCAGCCGGGCCGACGAAAAGCGCCAGGAGCUCCAGCGCGACGCUGAGAACGCGGCCCACCGCGCAGAAAAGAAGGCCAACGAGAUCGGCGACGAAAUCAAGAAGGGCGCCAAAAACUUUGAGAAGGCUGCCUCCCGCGCUGCUUUGGACGCCAAGAAAGAGGCCACGCAAUUCUGGUCUACCUUCUCGUCGAACCCGGAAUACUGGGCCUCGACGCUCGCCUCGGUCAACCUCGUGCUGCUCGGCGCCGGCGCGGUAUACGCGUACACCAAGCGCGACGAGAUCAGGCACACUGACAGAGGCACAAUCGCUGCCACUGUCGCCGGCAUUGCAGCCCUUCUCGGUGUUCAGACGUACGCUGCCAAUGAAGCGGCCAAGGCGCAGAACAGCGGGUUCUAA